AUGGGGAACGCAAAGGGAAUGCCAAAACCAAUGUUGUCCAACAGUAAACUGUCCAAGUUUGAUUAUGUCCAGCUGUCAGACCCAACUUAUUUUCGCUCUAUUAUGGGGGCAUUGCAGUAUGUAACCCUCAUUAGACCAGAAAUGUCAUUCUCUAUUAAUAAAGUAUGUCAGUUUUUGGCUCAACCUCUUGAAGAUCACUGGAAGGCAGUUAAGAGAAUUAUGCGCUAUUUAAGUGGCACGUUGCAUCAUGGUCUUCUGAUCCAACCAGCACCUGUGCAUCAACCUCUAUCUUUAAUAGGCUUCUUUGAUGCAGAUUGGGCAGCUGAUCCUGAUGAUCGCAUGUCAACCUCAGGGGCCUGUGUGUAUCUUGGUCCUAAUCUCAUGUCAUGGUGGUCAAAGAAACAACCUCUGGUAGCAAGAUCAACAUCAGAAGUUGAGUAUAAAAGCUUGGCAUAG